AUGGAGCCAGGGGAGGAGCCGGGCCCCUUGGAUGCAGAGGAAGGGGAGAGUCUACGAGGAAUCUGCACAGCAGAGGAUGGGGCGGUAAAUGUAAAGGAGGAGAAUUGUCCACAGGGGGCGGUGUUGGGAAACACCGAAGGGAACGUUUGCCAGAUUCCUGAGCAGGUGGCGGCCUGUGAGAGUCGAGGCAGCUCAGGUCAGGAAAAGAUCCCAGUGGAGGAGGCACAGGGCAGAGCCACUUCCCCUGGCAGAGCUCUCAGGCAAACUAAAAAUAUUCAAGCCCAUCAGAGAAUCAGCCCUGGUGAGAAACCCUAUAACUGCCCUGAGUGUGGCCAAAGCUUCAGUGUGAGCUCAGACCUUGGUAGACAUCAGAGGAUCCAUACGGGGGAGAGACCCUUUAAAUGCCUUGAGUGUGGGAAAAGCUUCUGUCAGAGCUCGCACCUUAUCACGCAUCAGAGGAUCCACACUGGUGAAAAGCCCUACAAAUGCUCUGACUGUGGGAAAAGCUUCAGCGCAAGCUCAGCCCUGAUUGUACAUCAGACGAUCCACACAGGGGAGAGACCCUACAGAUGCCCCGACUGUGGGAAAAGGAAAAGCUUCAGUGCAACGUCCUACCUUAUUAAACAUCAAAGAAUCCACACAGGAGAGAGACCCUUUAGGUGCCUUGAGUGCGGGAAAAGCUUCAAUCGCAGAUCAAUCCUUCUUACCCAUCACAGAAUCCACACAGGGGAAAGACCCUACAAAUGCCCCGACUGUGGGAAAAGCUUCAGGAAAAGCUUCAGUGCAACGUCCUACCUUAUUAAACAUCAAAGAAUCCACACAGGAGAGAGACCCUUUAGGUGCCUUGAGUGCGGGAAAAGCUUCAAUCGCAGAUCAAUCCUUCUUACCCAUCACAGAAUCCACACAGGGGAAAGACCCUACAAAUGCCCCGACUGUGGGAAAAGCUUCAGUGUGAACUCAGACCUCAGUAGACAUCAGAGAAGGAUCCAUAGGGGAGAGAAACCCUAUAAAUGCCUCAUCUGUGGGGAAAACUUCAGCAACAGCUCACGCCUUACUAGACAUUGGAGAAAUCACAUGCAGUAG